AUGACUGAUAUAAGAAAUAUCAUAUUAUUUGGCCGCACGGGUAACGGAAAAUCAACAUUAGCUAACGUGCUAACCAAAUCACCUAACUUCUUUACGGAAAGUGCUGGCAGUGUUAGUGAAACACGAGAAAUUCAAAUAAAAGAAUUUGAAGAAGAAAUAAACUCAAAUGGGGAAGAAGCUAUUAAAUACAGAGUAAUCGAUACCGUAGGAAUCGGUGAUACGCGUUUAACCGAGCAAGGAGUGCUUUAUAAAAUAGCGGAAGCCUGUCAUUACAUCAAAGACGGCUUAAAUCAAAUUUUAUUUAUUACCAACGGUCGAUUCACCAAAGAAGAAAUAGAUACUUUUGGUUUAUUAAAAUCAGUCGUUUUCGACGCAGAUGUUUCCAAAUACACUACCAUUGUAAGGACCAAUUUUCCUGAAUUCGAAGACGAGCUUAAAUGUCAGCAAGACCAACAACAAUUACGUGCCGAGAAUCCUGCUAUUUUUAAAAUACUUAGCGCUACCAGGAUUAUAUAUGUCGAUAACCCACCGUUAAAAGGUCGUACCGCAUCUAUAAAUCAGGAAAUUCGUAAAGAUUCAAGAAAAAGACUUCUGGUUCACUUGGCGACCUGUCAAGGAACUUAUAGACCUCAAAAUCUGGAUGCUAUGAAUGAUCGAAUCGGUAAUUAUAUGACGGAAACCGAAAAAAUACAACAAGAGUUGAAGAAUUUGAAAAAAUUAGCAGAACAACAGCAAAAAUUAUCUCAGGAAGAGAAAAUGAAAUUAAUAGAGCAAAUACGAUCUCUUGAGGAACAAGGUGAACAGUUAAAGCAUCAAAUUGCAAAUACUACGGGAGGCUUCUUUUCAGAAAUUCUUGGUAUGCUCUUUCCAGUUGCGCAAAUGCUUGAUAAAGCGAUUGGUAAAAAUUGUCAGAUUUCGUGA